UCACCGAGGCCGGGCUGUCUUGCGAGUUGCCUGAAUCCCUGGCCCGACCGCGUGCUGCCAGGCAACCGCACUCCCCGGUAUCCUGGUCCGGGGAGACGCGUAGCUGUGCCGGCCACCCCAACAGGAAGUGAGAGGGAAACGGCCGUAGGGUUUCCGGAAUUCUACAAAGGCAGCGCCCAAGCACCUAAGGUGACGCAAUCCCCGCGCGAGGUGGGCGGGGCCCCGCGAGGGCCUUAUCCUGAAGAGUUUCUCACCCGGGCGGAAGCCGUCAAUAAAGAAGCGGCGGCCGUAGGUGCUUGUUCUUCCGAUGAGACAGAGGUCCAAAGAAGAAAAGUGAUCGCCCCAAAGCCACAGAAUAAUUGGUAAAUCUGGACAAGAACACAGGCUUGUAACUGCAGAGACCAGGGAUUUUUAUAUAUUCUCAUAGGAAAGAGACAGAAGGUCUUUAUAAGCUAUCUUGCUGGGAAAUGCCCAAAGUCAAAAGAAGCCGGAAAGCUCCUCCAGAUGGCUGGGAGUUGAUUGAACCAACACUGGAUGAAUUGGAUCAAAAGAUGAGAGAAGCUGAAACUGAACCCCAUGAGGGAAAGAGGAAAGUGGAAUCCCUGUGGCCCAUCUUCAGAAUCCAUCACCAGAAAACCCGAUAUAUCUUCGACCUCUUUUACAAGAGGAAAGCCAUAAGCAGAGAACUCUACGAAUACUGCAUUAAAGAAGGCUAUGCAGACAAAAACCUGAUUGCAAAGUGGAAAAAGCAGGGCUACGAGAAUCUGUGCUGCCUACGCUGCAUUCAGACUCGGGACACCAACUUCGGGACAAACUGCAUUUGCCGAGUUCCCAAAAGCAAGCUGGAAGUGGGUCGCAUCAUUGAGUGCACGCACUGUGGCUGCCGAGGCUGCUCUGGCUGACACCCUUGACCCCUCUACAUUCUGGACUUUGGGCCUUGUUGGCUCCUGCCUAUUGGGCCACCCCGUCCUGGAGCAGCUCUUCUCAGAGUGGUGCCCAGAGAAGAGACCCAGAGGGAGCAUGGGCUCUACAGGUGAAGGCUUCAGUGUUUACUAGCUGAAAUCUGUAAAAAUAAAACCUUUAGACCUCU